AUGAGCGACGAGAUCGUGGCCGUAGUUGCUCCUAUAGCCAUGUACUGGAUCACAUCCUGUCUGUACGCAAUCCUUGGCCGACAGGAGUACCGUCUGCACUCGACGGAGGAAGAGGAGAUGAAGAAUCUCGUGCCCAAGCGCGAGGUCAUCCGAGUUGUUCUCCUCCAGCACCUGACGCAGGCAGCCAUCGCGUUCGCAGUCUUCACUGUAAGGAGAGAUGGUGGCGGGGCCGCCGCCAGCACCGGCGCGGCUCCGGCGAUCAUCGUCCACUCGUGGCAGUUCAUGGUGGCAAUGGCGGUGUUCGACACCUGGCAGUAUUUCUGGCACCGUCUGCUGCACAGCAACCGCUUCCUCUACCGCCACGUGCAUUCUUGCAAUCACCGGCUGGUGGCGCCGUACCCGUACGCGGCGCAGUACCAGGGCCGUCCCUGUGGGAGUGCGACCUGUGCGACGGACGGCCCUGCGCAGUACAAUCACCCCGCCGAGAGCCUCGUCCUGGACACGGCCGGCGGCGCGCUGGCGUUGGCCGUGUCGGGCAUGUCGCCGUGGACGUCGGCGUGCUUCUUCUCCUUCGCGACGGUGAAGGCGAUCGACGACCACUCCGGGAUGCUGCUCCCUGGGAACCCCCUACACCUCGUCUUCGCUAACAACACGGCGUACCAUGACUUCCAUCAUCAGCUUCGCGGGGCCGGCUGCAACUACGCGCAGCCCUUCUUCGUCUCCUGGGACCGGCUCAUGGGCACCUACGUGUCGGUCGCCAUCGUCAGAGCCUCGCACGGCGGCCUGGAGGUGGUGCCGGCGAAAAGGAGGACCACGCGUGAGACCACGAGCGCGCCGGCUUAA